AAAGAAAAAUAAUUUUAAUAACAGAAUUGAAAAAUGAAAAUCCACUUGAGAGGGAGAGAUAGUGAACUGAGGUUGAGUAUAAAAGGGAUUGGAGUGAGACAGAAGACGACAGUGUUUUUGCAGCUUUGUUCUUCAGCACAUCCCUUUGAAACGUGGCGUUGCUUCCAAUUUUUUCGGUUUUUGGUCGACCCUUUCCUCCCUUCUCUCUGUUUUUGCUGAUUCAUUCAUUCAAUUUGGUAUUGUUGAAUCAGACGACUCACAUUUAUCCAACCCUUUGCUCGUUUCUAGCUUCAGCUUUGAUCAAUCAAUUCGCCUCCGUUUAAUCUCUAAGUUUGUUAUGAGGGUAAUAUAAAGGCUUUGAUUGUCUAUGAAGACAUUUAAAUCAUGGAAUGCGCUUGUCAAGAAAAGAAAUGCUUUAUCUGACGGGGGAAACUGCGGAUUUAAAAUGAAGCAGCUUCCAUUUAUGGGAGUUAUUUGUACAGUUAUGUUGUUCAUUGUGUAUAGAACCACAAAUUAUCAAUACCAUGAGACAGAGAUGGAAACGAAAUUGCAUCCUUUUGAAACAGUAAAGGAUUAUCGACUGCCUUCUGGGAAAUUGAAAAGUUUGCCUCAUGGCAUCAUGCAAGCUCAUUCAGAUUUGGAACUAAGGCCUCUGUGGUCAAGGAGUAGUUCGCGGUCAAAGGUUAAUGAUACCACAAAUAAGAACUUGCUGGCAAUGCCUGUCGGUAUCAAGCAAAAAGAAAAUGUUGAUGAUGUUGUGCAAAAGUUUCUUGAAGCAAAAUUUUCCAUUAUUUUAUUCCAUUAUGAUGGCAAUGUGGAUGGAUGGUGGGAUCUUGACUGGGGUGACAAAGCCAUACACAUAGUAGCUCAUAACCAAACAAAGUGGUGGUUUGCAAAGCGCUUUCUACAUCCAGAUAUUGUGUCUAUUUAUGACUACAUAUUUCUCUGGGAUGAAGAUUUGGGGGUGGAGCAUUUUGAUCCAAGAAGGUACCUAGAAAUUGUAAAGUCAGAAGGUUUAGAGAUUUCUCAGCCAGCUUUAGACCCAAAUUCGACAGAAAUACAUCACAGAAUCACUAUACGAGCAAGAAUGAAGAAGUUUCAUAGAUUUGUGGAGGGAAUGGCUCCUGUGUUUUCAAGAUCUGCCUGGUAUUGUGCAUGGCAUCUGAUACAGAAUGAUCUUGUUCAUGGAUGGGGAGUGGAUAUGAAACUUGGGUAUUGUGCACGGGGUGAUCGUUCAAAGAACGUUGGCGUGAUUGACAGUGAGUACAUUGUUCAUAAGGGCAUACAAAGUCUGGGCGGGAGUGGGCAUCCAACAACAAGGGCAACAAUAAAGGGACAUGGGACUUCAGGUUUUGAUCUACGAACCGAGAUUCGGAGGCAAUCCACCGGGGAACUUAAAGCCUUCAAAGAACGAUGGAAUAAAGCUGUAGAAGAGGACAAGAACUGGGUGGAUCCAUUUCUAAGAUAUCAAAGGCGCAGAAAACAGAAACGUCAAACACAAUUGAGUUUUAAACUCAUGUCCUAACCAAGCUGGUUGGUUGGAUAUGUUUGUUCGGCUACCUCACACGCAGAUACAGUUGUCUCAUCCAUUACUUGUAUUUUAGUUCCCCUAGCCUUUUCUUGGAUGCUUAUUAUUAUUUCAUUAUUUGAACAUUCAUAAUUCUUUUCCCAUGCUCCGAAUCUUGUCUAAUAUGCCUAGCUUUACAUAUUUUCCUCCAUUUUUUUCUGCAAUUUGUAAUUAAAAAGUAUAUCAACUUGUAACUUCAAUUGAUUAAUUUAAUAUUAAAA